AGAAAUUAUGAAGUAGAGCUUCAUGUGGGGCUAACCCCAGAAGAGGCAAAACUUGUUGGAAAUAUCCAUAAUAAGAGAUGUUCCACAAAACACUACACUUUCAAGAUCAAGUCCGUCAAGCUAGGGCAGUUUAUUUAAGAGACGAGGUGGGAGAUCAGUGGAAAGAUACUGCCACAGUCAUUCUUUCCCACAUACAGCAAAAGGAAUGUCUCAAAAGUAGUUUGUCUAUAGUUUUUGGGGUGGCCUCUUACUCCGAAGAAGCAUAUAAAGAGGCGGAAAGAGUUUUUGAACUCUUUGGAAGUCUAGAUGUUCCGAAACAGUUGUUCAGAGCUUUUCUAAGAUUUGGCGAAGACAUUAUCACACGUUAUCUCAGAAGAAUUGAAAUUCGUGAAGACUUGAAGAAGGUUGCAGAAAUUGUUCAAAAGGAGAAAAAAAGAGACAUUCUUAAGAAUCUGUUUUUAGAAAGAACGAGCUGUGAGAGUUGGGAGGAGGCCGAGGUACUGUACGAGCCGUACAUCUCCGCCGUGGAUGAAUAUAUUGACAUGAAUGUCAAUAGGAAAUACAUUCCUACUGGGUUCAUUAGGGCGUGUGAUGCAGCUAGAGACAGUCUCCCAGCCCAAAACAUCGUUGUUAGAGUGUCGGUACAAGUUGAGGUUGACGGGGAGGAAUUGGAGGAUGGUCAAGUGGAGGGAAUAUGCGGAGAAGAAAAGAGAAAAUUUCAAAGUGUGGUUGAAAUGAAAGUGAAAAAAAAUAAAUAUUGAAUCUACCUAGUUUACAAACUAGAAUGUAUUAUCUAUAAAUUUUGGUGUUCUUUUUUUUUUAUUAUAUAAAGUAUGUUUAGGUUACCUGUGUAUUUAAAAGUGUUACUUAACGGAAAGGAAUACAGGGAAAACAAUCAUGAUAUUACAAUGAUGAAAAUACCCCCGAAUAACAGCGUUAGAUAUUCUAUACUAUACAUGUAUUUCAUAUAAGCCCUUUGGGCUUCACAGGAUUUGAUCACGUGACCAACGAAGUUCCUUUCCCAGUGAACCUUUUAACAUUGUUGUUUAUUUCUUAACAAGUAAUAACUUUUCAAAAAGCUUGCCUGACUAAUCAAUCAAUAUCUAUGGAACGUAUAAGCAAGAGAGGUGCUAAACGUUUUCGUCAUCAAGGAGCGACAGUUGCGAUACUUCAUUACACAAGAUGUACAAUUGACUUUCUCAAAUGUCAUUACCAAAUAUUGCAGAUUAUCGAAUAUCUAAGACAUGCCACUGUUUAGUCAUUUAUUAGUUAACCCAUGGGCUGACUAGUUACGUUGGGAUGAAACUGCAAGUGCGCUAGCGUAGAUUGGAAUUCUCGGAAAAAUACAUGUAGAUAGAUAAGUCCUUCUAAAGAAAUUCAUAUUACUCUCUUACCAGAAAGCGCGCUUCUUCAUGCACACUCUCUGGUCAGUGAUAGAUUGAUGAGACGGCGUCUAUUUAUAGACUGGUCUGUUCUCCGUCGUUCUCGAAGACGAAGUAAAUUGUGAACAGUUUUAACUGGGAAAAAUGUCUUGAAGUGUUGGAGACAAAAAUGCUUCAAUGCUGCUCUUGAACUCAAAGUAAAUGGCCUGUCCACUUUAUAGCUAGAGCAAAACAAGAUACUACCCCCCCCCCCCCCGGACAAAACU